GUCAGCUCAGCGAGCGGAGCAGGAAAACUGCCAAUUCAUAGAACAAAAGCUAGUACAGGCACAAACACAAUUUGCUUGGUCAUUUUGAUGCUUCGACUCCGACAACUGGAAGGGAGCUUUCGUCGUUUGUGCACGAUGGCAGCCAAAGAAUAUGACUAUCUGGUGCUCGGGGGCGGGUCCGGCGGCCUCUCCAGCGCGAGGAGGGCCACGGAGUUCGGAGUGACUGCUGCGGUCAUCGAAGGCAAGCGACUUGGAGGAACUUGUGUGAAUGUCGGCUGUGUUCCUAAGAAGGUAAUGUUCAAUGCUGCAUUUCAUAUGGAAAUGAUUCAUGAUCAUCAGGAUUAUGGCUUCAACGUUGAUUAUAAAGGAUUUAAUUGGAGUGUGAUUAAAGAGAAACGUGACGCCUAUGUCAAACGUCUGAACGGCAUUUAUGAGGUGAACCUGAACAAAUCCAAGGUAGACAUCAUUCCUGGCCAUGGUACGUUCACACCCGAUGGAUGCAUAGAGGUCAAUGGUCAAAAGUACAAAGGUCGUCACACCUUGAUUGCUAUUGGAGGGGAACCAACAUUUCCAGAUGUCCCAGGUGCUGAGCAUGGUAUUAGCAGUGAUGGAUUUUUUGAACUGACAGACCUUCCAAAGAAGACUGCUGUGGUGGGAGCAGGAUACAUUGCUGUUGAAAUGGCAGGAAUCCUCAAAGAACUUGGAAGUGAUGUUUCCCUCUUUAUCAGGAGAGACAAGGCACUGAGGAACUUUGACUCCAUGCUUUCUGAAAGUGUGACGGAGAGUAUUGAAAACAUAGGAAUAAACCUGGUCAGACAAAGUUCACCUGUGUCUGUUGUGAAGGAAGCAGAUGGAACCCUUACCUAUAACACAACAAGUGGGACGUACCAAGGUUUUGAUUGUCUUCUCUGGGCCGUAGGUAGGCAUGCCUUGACCAAGGGUAUCGGCCUUGAGGAUGUGGGUGUGAAAACCAAUGCCAAAGGAGACAUUGUUGUAGAUGAAUACCAGAACACCUCGGCACCUAAUUUCUAUGCUCUAGGAGACGUGUGUGGAAAGUAUCUCCUUACACCAGUUGCUAUUGCUGCUGGAAGAAGACUUUCCCAUCGGCUUUUCAACAACGAGAGCUCCUUGAAAUUAGACUAUAGUAACAUCCCGACUGUAGUCUUCUCUCAUCCGCCUAUCGGUACCGUUGGAAUGACAGAAGCGGAGGCUACCGCGAAAUAUGGUGGAGAUAAUGUGAAGGUUUACCAGUCCACUUUCACCAACCUCUACUUCGCAAUGACAGAGAGGAAGGAGAAAACAAAGAUGAAGCUUAUUUGUGCCGGCAACGAAGAAAAGGUUGUUGGGCUUCACAUGCAGGGUUUCGGAUGCGAUGAGAUGCUGCAGGGGUUCUCCGUCGCUGUCAAGAUGGGGGCAACCAAAGCCCAGUUUGAUGAAACCGUCGCCAUCCAUCCGACCGCUUCCGAAGAACUUGUGACGAUGCGUUAGGAGGAAGUACUCUGUAUGUUCAUCCACCGAGUUGAUGCAGGAUUAAACCAUGUUCCAUGAAUUCUAUCAAGUUACAAGCUACUGUUAUAAGCUACCAGAAUUCUGUCAUUUGAUAAGCUAAAACAGAUUUUUUUCAAAAACUGACUUACAAAAAGCAUUGAUUGAUCUGGGUUCCGUUUCUUAAAACUUGUUAUAAAAACAAAUGUACAAUAAUCGUUUACAGCUACUGAAAUCCUACAAUCUGAUUGGCUGAUAUUAAAUUUGUUAUUGAAAUUGUUCAUUUGUUAUUAUGACAAGUCUUUAUGAAACGGGAUCCUGAUCAUCCACAACUAUGGAAAGCCAGGGUCAUCAAUUUCUACAAUGUACGGUAUAAGUACUUUAAAAGUGAUUACUAAUACU